UCACAAACGAUUCUCAAUAAAGAAGGCAGAACUCCUAUCCAAGAAGUAAGCAGAACAGCAGAUCUUAUCCGAAAAGGCAACACGCAUCAAUUAGUCGCUGAGGGUCUUGUCGGUGCCGCUGAAAUUGCCUUUAAAGAAAAGAUUCGAAAUUGGAUUCGGAUUGUGGGUACUGCGUCAUCCCAUUUCACAACAAACAAACGCCGACAGAGCCAUCCUCCAAUAAUCAUUGUUGGGACACAUAUGGAUCUAGUGAGGCUCUUGUAUAAGGAUCAAAAGGAAAGAGAUCAGAGAAUAAAAAAUCUGGAAGAUGCCAUUGGUCGUUUACCGGAAAUAUCGAAAGACAAAGGACGUGUAAAGUAUACAUUCUUGCACUUCCUUAAGGUCGACAAUUCCAUACAGGAUGAUCCAGCCAUUGAAAAAUUGCGACAUAUCAUUCUUGAUGCAGCUGAACUCCAAGACCAAUGGAUGAGAGAAAUUCCAGCAAACUGGAUUUCGUUGGAGAGGGCAAUACUUUAUACCAGGACUAGUUUUCCUGUUUUAACUUUAGAGGAAGUGACUGCACUGGAUGCCGUUUGUGAAAAACCUAUAGAAGAUAAAGCAGCAAUUAGCUUAUUUCUAGAGUUUUUGGACUGCACCAGGUCGGUGAUUUACACCACUGAGUUUGACACGGUGAUAACCAAUCCACAGUGGCUUCUAGAUGCAUUAAGUGUUAUCAUCACUGAUGUUCAGUUCAUGCCAAAUGAAACUGACAUUCUUUUAAAAAAUGAUCUUCAGUUAUAUCAGGAAAAAGGUUUGUUGACAUACAGUCUCGUACAGGAACUGUUCGAAAAAAGUGGCAACGAAACACAUCGCAACCAUUUGGAUAUCAUUUUGAAACAUUUUGUUCGGUUUGGAAUGAUUGUGAAGAACGUCAUCUCUGAGCAUAAGAAUGGACAGCCAGGUGACAACAACGCCUACAUUGUUCCAAGCAAGUUAGAGACAUUGACCGAUAUCCGCGAAAUUGCAAAUGUGAUUCGGACCAAAGCAAGAAUAGUUACAAAAGCGUUGUGUUUCCAGGUCAAAGGGGACUUAAUACCACUCGAAACAUUCGAUAAGAUAUAUGCUGGUAUUCUUCAAGAAUAUGACCCUCUUAGAUUAACACCAAGACAAUGUCCAGACAACUGGUGUCAAAAGAUCACAUAUAUCUCACUAGGUAUAUUAAAAGAUUCAGAAGAUAAGGAGACCAAAAGUAUCUACCGGAAUUUUGGUUGCUUUGCUGUCGACGAUUCGACGAACAUGAUUGUGUCUGUGCACUGGGAGCAAUCGUGCAUCACCAUCACUCUAUUUAGUCACAUAGAUGACACUAUUCCCGGAACAGUAGCACGGGUGAUUCGUCAAAGGAUUGAUGAUAUUAUAAAGAAAACACUGAGUGUGUGCAAACAGGACAAUAUAGCCUACGAAUACAAACUACACUGUAGUUAUCAGAUUGACCACGGAGACCAACCAAGGGACCGUACCGCUAUCCUUGAAAAAGAGGGCGGUGUACAAUGUCUAGGUAAAAAAUGUAGGAGGAAACAUACUUUAUGCAAGGAGGACUGGAUAUUCUGGCUACCAGACUUAGGUGAUUCACCAGCACAGGAUUCAAAAACACAAAGGGACAUAAAACAGCUACACGCCGAAAUGAUACGGGAAUUAUCGUUAUAUAUCAACCCCAGGCUACCCGAAGACUGGAAAACCUUUCAGACAUCAAUGGAAGUUUACUUAGGUCGAGUGGAUAUUUUUGGAACACACGUGACUGGACUCUCUGACAUAUGUAGGACACUGAUGGACACAAAACUCAUACGCUAUGGAGAGUAUGCCGCGCUGCGUUCUUCAGUGGAAGACAUACAUGUAGAGGCUGCUACGAUCAUUGAUAACGCCACGUCAGACAUCAACAAAAUCAAUCAGGGACAAUGAUGACGUCACUUCCUUCUGCAUCGUAGCUGUCCGAAUUUCUACCGAUGACGUCACAGAAUCAUCUUUAUUUAGUUGCUUUUACACAUUCGAGGCACGCCAAUAAAUUACCUAAGCUUUUAUAAGGACGCUUACACCAUUCAAACCAAUCUUUCUGUGGCUGGUUUAACAAAACGGUUGAGGAAAUAUCUAACGUACAAUGUAUUGGCCGAAAUCAAGAGACAACUUGUGAUGCUAAGUCAGAAAUUCUCCGAGUAUCGAGUUAACCUGAAAUGCCCUGUUACUGAGGAUAUUCAGAUAGUUCAAAUGUAUUGAAGAUUCAUAAAAUCUCGAUCAUCUGGAUCAUCUGAAACUAAUACAUCAUUUGGAUUACUUCUCCAGGAUGGAAGUACCUGCAUCAUUUGUAACAAAUCUAUCGUUAGGAUUACUCAACCAGAUAUGGAGCUUUAAUAAAUAUAUAUCAUUUUGAUGGAGCACAUGGAUCAUCUGUAACUAAUACAUCAUUUGGAUUACCCUACCAGGAUUGGAGCACCUGAAUCAUAUGAAAUAAUGCAACAAUUGGAUUACCCUACCACGAUCGGAUCACCUUAAUCAUCUGUAACAAAUACAUAAUUUGGAUUACCCUACCAGAAUUGGAGCACAUGGAUCAUCUGUAACAAAUACAUAAUUUGGAUUACCCUCCCAGGAUUGUAGUACCUGGAUCAUUUGUAACUCCAACACCAUUUGGAUUACUCUACCAGGAUUAGAGCACCUGAAUCGUCCUUAACAAAAACAGCAUAAGGAUUACUUCUACAGGUUUAGAGUACCUGGAUCAUAUGUAUUACCAGGAUUAAAGCACA